UCUCUAGAUUGGGAAAGGCGGCGAAGUGAAAGUAAAAGUGAAAGUGUUUGCCAAGCUGGAUUACGCUCACCUGUUGCACCUUUUACUUUGUCGUCGUCUUCUACCCCACUACUACUUAUACCUCUCCACCGCGUCACUUGUUCGAUCGCUUACACAUUCAUCAACCCCGUCUCGCGCUCACCAUGAGUGACCUCAUUUCAAUCAAUCGGUGGGCAAAAUCGGAGUUUGCGGACGAUUUUGCGAAACUGGACAACUACAGGGGCCUUGAACUUGUUGAUACUUACACUCACGGGCCAGGACUUCGUAGGAACGUACAUUCUCCGUCUCUCGUCGUGGGCAACAUUGUCGACAGUGACAUUGCCAUCUACGCCUGGAUCAGCCCUGAUCGUGUUCAUCUGCGCCCAGCCGACCAUGGAUUGCACCAGUCUCUCGGCUUCGGUACAAUUAUUAAGGAUGACAACGUCACAUUCCAUGAGCCAUACUGUUGGAUCACCAUGGCAUAUAGCAAAGAUACCCUGGGAAGGUUUGAGGCACUCGUUCGUUAUCUCUUCCUAGCGAGAGGACGAAGGAACGCUCUGGAAGUUGAGCUUGAGACCUUCAAAGCCGACUUUCCAGGCGCUUGCCGAGAUAUCGCAUGGGGCUUGGCCAGGAAGGCUGCACCUUCCGGCGCCAUGAUCAGCGAGACUCUGGAUGUGACGAUGAACGACGGUGGCGCGAUCGAUGAAGAUUCCGGCAACACGGCCAAUACCCCAGGCACCGAUGCGGCAAACUCCGACGAGGACGACGGACUCCAGGCAUCGCCCUACAAGGACCAACUCCAGCACUUGGACCAGGCAUAUACAGAGUUCCGGGCCGGACUCACCUCCCAGAUGUCUGCAAUCAAGGAAGUCCACGAAGACGAGAAAGAGCAACUUCAACACCAAGUGCAGGAUCUAGAGGGUAGACUAGCUGUUUCUGAGCUUGAGGUUCAGUUGGGAGUCAACAAGCUUACUGAGUCUGAGGCUAUGGCAAAGAGUGCGCAGGAGGAGACAAAGAGUACACGCGAAGAGGUGAAGAUUGCACAAGAAGAGGCAACAACCUGGAAGGACAAGUACGAAGGACUGAGGAAGAUGAUGGAGGAAGCGCUUGGAAGGCAGUUCUGACGGGAGGUUCUGGUCGAUGAGCUUGGUGGGGGGAUAUGCGUGUAGGAUAGAUAUCAUGACCAUACGAUGCCCAUGACCUCUUGGGUA